ACAAACAACUCCUAUCUCAAAAACCCAAUAAAAGAAAACAAUAAUAACAAUAAAAAAAAUCAAAUUAGAUUUAAAAAACAAAAAAAAACCCAAUAGAAGCGCACUUCUGAUCCCUGAGUCUUUGCUAAAAACCCAGUCAGUCUUUCUAGGUCCUCUUCUUUAAUUUUAGGUUUCCAUUUUCAUUAACCAGACCCCAUACCCAUACCCUACACAACAAUUGUUCGUUUCUCCAUCUAUGAUCUAUAUAUAAAAAAGGGUCUAAAUUUCAUUAUUUGAAGUACCCAAUUUUGCAAUUUUCUUCGACUUCUCUUUUUUAAUUUUUGGCCACGGGACAGAGUUGGUUUGGUUACCCAUCUCACCUCUUCCCUCUGGUCACAAAAACGUCAUAUCUCCUUUCACUAGACGUAUUGAUAUAUAUGCAAUUUAGAACCCAAAAAUAAUUUAAAAAAAGGGUAUACAACAAAAUUUUCACUUGCGCACCCAACCCAAAACCAUAAGCCAUAACCAAAACCAAACAAGCAAUAUCAACACAACAACAACCAUGGAAAAAGGUGAUCUCCAACAGUCUUUAAAGGUCUCUUGAUAGAGCUGCUGAUUGGAUAGCAAAAGUCUUCGUUUAAUAGAUAUCUUCUUUCAAGUUGAAUUGUAAAUCCUCCAUGAGAAUUGAAGGCUCUGAUGGAAAUGAGCUCAGAAAUAAUUAAUCAUUUUGUACACAUUACAUGGGACUGGAGAUUUUAGUGUAAAUUAUGGAAGUGCUUCCUUGUUCUGGCGUUCAGUAUGUUGGAGAAUCUGAUUGUGCUCAACAGAAUUCAGGAACGGGUUUUAUUUAUGAUGGAGAAUCUAAUGGCUUUGAAUGUAGAAAACAAGUUGAAUUGACAGAUGGUGCAGUUGAUGACUUGUCACUAAAGGUGGAAGGGCCUCAAAUAGGUAGAAACAGUGAAUGUCAAGGGACAGCAGAUGAAUUGCCUGUCUCUGAAGGGCACCAGAGUGGACCUUCAUAUUCUGAUUGUCAGGUGGAGAGUCAAAGACUAUCCGGUGAUUCUCAUGAUUUUGAAGAUGAUGAUUUGAAUGUACAGAAUUAUUGUACAGAACCCUGUGAAGCCACUGAGAACUAUAAUGUAAUUGUGGAUACUAUUGAAAGUGAGCCAACCAAUUGUAGGGAUGGAGAGUCAUCCUUUUCAGAGCCCAAGUGGCUGGAACAUGAUGAAUCUGUGGCGUUGUGGGUCAAGUGGAGGGGGAAGUGGCAGGCAGGAAUCCGAUGUGCAAGGGCAGACUGGCCAUUAUCUACUUUGAAAGCAAAACCAACCCAUGAUCGGAAGAAGUAUUUUGUUAUUUUUUUCCCUCACAACAGGAAUUACUCUUGGGCAGAUAUGCUACUCGUCCGAUCUAUCAACGAAUUCCCUGAGCCUAUUGCAUAUAGGACACAUAAAAUUGGACUAAAAAUGGUCAAAGAUUUGAAUGUUGCACGACGUUUUAUAAUGCAAAAGCUAGCUGUUGGCAUGCUGAAUAUUGUUGAUCAAUUUCACACUGGGGCUUUGAUAGACACUGCUCGUGAUGUGAUGGUCUGGAAGGAAUUUGCAAUGGAGGCUUCACGUUGUAGUGGUUAUUCUGACCUUGGAAGAAUGCUUCUGAAGCUCCAAAAUAUGAUAUUACCAAUCUACAUAAAAUCUGAAUGGCUGCAGCAUUCUUUUCAAUCUUGGGUUCGGCGGUGUCAGGCUGCACAAAGUGCUGAAUCUAUUGAAUUGCUGAGAGAGGAAUUGUCUGAUUCUAUCCAGUGGAAUGAAGUCAACUCUCUCUGGAAUGCACCAGUGCAGGCAACUUUAGGUUCUGAGUGGAAAACCUGGAAGCAUGAAGUUAUGAAAUGGUUCUCAACAUCCCAAUCACCUGUAUCUAGUAGUGGAGAUAUGGAGCACAAGAGCUGUAACAGUCCCUCGACCAUGAGUGUUCAAGUUGGCAGGAAGAGGCCUAAGCUUGAAGUUCGCCGUGCGGAGCCACAUUCUUCCCAGGGGGAAAUGAGCAUUCCGCUUCAUACCAUGACGGUUGAAAUUGACUCUGAGUUCUUCAAUAAUCGAGACUGUACAAAUUCCACUAAUGUAGCAUCAGAGCUUUCUAAAGAGGAAGAUUUUAGAGGGGGAGCUGCACCUAUAGAGUCUUCUUGCAGUGUGGCUGAUAAAUGGGAUGAAAUUGUAGUUGAAGCUGGAAACUCUGAGCUCAUACAGACAAAUAAUAUUCAAAAUACUCCUAUAAAUGAAAAUGUGGAUAAGAAAAUCAUAGAUCCUGGGAAUAAGAAUCGGCAAUGCAUUGCUUUUAUUGAAUCUAAAGGAAGACAGUGUGUUAGAUGGGCAAAUGAUGGUGAUGUUUACUGUUGUGUACAUUUGGCCUCUCGCUUUAUUGGCAGCUCUACUAAAGCAGAGACAAGUCCUCCUGUUAAUAGUCCAAUGUGUGAAGGUACCACUGUUCUUGGCACUCGAUGUAAACAUCGGUCUCUACCAGGUUCCUCAUUCUGUAAGAAACACAGACCCCGGAUUGAUACAACAAAUACCUCAAAUUCACCUGAGAAUACACUUAAGAGAAAGUAUGAGGAGAUUAUGCCAGGUUCAGAAACUACAUACUGCAAAGAUAUGGUAUUGGUAGGAGAAGUUGAAAGUCCCCUUCAAGUAGAGCCUGUUGCGGUCAUGGAUGGAGAUGCCUUCCAUGGAAGGAACAAGUUAAUGGAGAAGCUUGAGCAUUCCAGUCAGGAUUAUAAUGGCACAGAUGUGGUGCACUGCAUAGGUUCAGGUCCUUUGGAUAAUAAUGUCUCUUGUAAUGAAAGUCCAAAGCGUUAUUCAUUAUACUGCAAUAAACACAUUCCAAGUUGGCUUAAGCGUGCGAGAAAUGGUAAAAGUAGAAUAAUAACAAAAGAAGUGUUCAUAGAUAUUUUAAAGGAGUGCCAUUCCCUGGAUCAAAAAUUGCAUUUGCAUCAAGCUUGUGAGCUUUUCUACAAGCUUUUCAAAAGUAUUUUGUCCCUGAGAAACCCAGUUCCUAUGGAAGUUCAACUCCAGUGGGCCCUGUCUGAAGCAUCUAAAAAUUUCAGCAUUGGAGAACUCUUGUUGAAGUUGGUUUGCAAUGAAAAAGAGAGACUCACUAAAAUAUGGGGCUUCAAUGCUGGUGAAGAUGCACUUGUUUCCUCCUCUGUCAUUGAGGAAUCAGCAGUUUUGCCAUUGGCUAUUGAUUGUAGCCAUGAUGAUGAAAAAUCAUUUAAGUGCAAAUUUUGUUCAGAGGGGUUCCUUAAUGACCAAGAGCUUGGCAACCACUGGAUUGAGAAUCAUAAAAAGGAAGCACAAUGGAUAUUCAGAGGAUAUGCUUGUGCCAUCUGCCUGGACUCUUUUACCAACAGGAAACUAUUGGAAACUCAUGUGCAGGAAAGACACCAUGUGCAAUUUGUCGAACAGUGUAUGCUUCUUCGGUGCAUUCCUUGUGGAAGUCACUUUGGGAAUGCUGAGGAGCUAUGGUUACAUGUACUCUCAGUUCAUCCUGCUGAAUUCAGGCUGUCAAAAGUGGCUCAACAGCAUAAUCAGUCUCUGGGUGAAGAGAAAGAGGAUUCUCUGCAGAAACUUGAGCUGGGAAAUACAGCUCCUGUGGAAAAUAACCCUGAGAAUUUUGGUGGUAUCCGAAAGUUCAUUUGCAGGUUUUGUGGCUUGAAGUUUGAUUUGCUGCCUGAUCUUGGCAGGCACCAUCAGGCUGCUCAUAUGGGACCAAACCUAUUCAGCUCUCGACCCCCAAAGAAGGGGAUUCGUUACUAUGCUUACAGAUUAAAAUCUGGAAGACUUAGUCGUCCUAGAUUUAAGAAAGGUCUAGGAGCAGCAACAUAUAGGAUGAGGAACAGAGGCAGUGCUAGCAUGAAGAAACGUAUCCAGGCAUCAAAGUCACUUAAUAUUGGGGAAUUAAGUGCACAGCCUCAUGUAACUGAGUCAGAAACUCUUGGUAGAUUAGCAGAAUCCCAAUGCUCAUCUGUUGCAAAGAUAUUGUUUUCUGAGAUUCAGAAGACUAAACCUCGCCCAAAUAACCUCGACAUCUUAGCUGCUGCACGCUCUGCUUGCUGUAAGGUGAGCCUAAAGGCUUCACUGGAGGGCAAAUACGGAGUGUUACCAGAACGUUUAUAUCUCAAGGCAGCCAAACUUUGCAGUGAGCAUAACAUUAGAGUGGAGUGGCACCAGGAGGGGUUUAUUUGUCCCAGAGGCUGUAAAAGUUUUAAGGACCCAGGAUUAUUGUCGCCCAUGAUGCCUUUUCCAAAUGGUUCUAUAGGUAAACAGUUAGCGCAUUCAUCUGAGCAUAUAAAAAAUGAGUGGGAAGUGGAUGAGUGCCAUUAUGUCAUUGACCUAAAUGAUAUUAGAGAGAGGCCACAACAAAGGACCACUAUAUUGUGCAAUGAUAUCAGCUUCGGGAGGGAAUCCAUACCAAUAGCUUGUGUAGUAGAUGAGGACCUCCUGGCAUCUCUUAACCUUGCAGAUGCUUCUGAUAGUCAAAUAAGUAAUUUUCCCAAGCCCUGGGAGAGCUUUACAUAUAUUACGAGCCCAUUGCUUGAUCAAAGCUCUGAUCCUGUUAUUGAGAGUUUGCAUCUGGGGUGCACCUGCUCUCAUUCAUUUUGCUCUCCUGAAACCUGUGAUCAUGUUUACCUCUUUGACAAUGACUUUGAAGAUGCAAGAGACAUAUAUGGGAAACCUAUGCAUGGCAGGUUCCCUUAUGAUGAUAAAGGGCGGAUUAUGUUGGAGGAGGGUUACCUGGUUUAUGAGUGCAAUAACAUGUGCAGCUGCAGCAAAACCUGCUCAAACAGGGUUUUGCAGAAUGGAAUACGAGUGAAGUUGGAAGUCUUCAAAAAAAAGAAUAAGGGAUGGGCUGUCAGGGCAGCAGAGCCAAUCCUACGUGGCACAUUUGUGUGCGAGUAUAUUGGGGAGGUUUUAGAUGAGCAGGAAGCAAAUAAGAGACGUGGCAGAUAUGGUCAACAAGCUCGUAGCUAUAUUUAUGACAUUGAUGCUCAUACUAAUGAUAUGAGCAGAUUGAUUGAAGGACAAGUCAAAUAUGCGAUUGAUGCCACAGAAUAUGGAAAUGUUUCACGGUUCAUCAACCACAGCUGCUCUCCAAAUCUUGUGAAUCACCAAGUUCUUGUCAACAGCAUGGAUUCUCAGCAUAGUCAUAUUGGUCUUUAUGCAAGUAGAGAUAUCGCAUUUGGAGAAGAACUGACAUACAAUUAUCGGUAUCAUCUGCUGCCUGGAGAAGGAUGUCCUUGCCAUUGUGAAACUUCCAAUUGCAGAGGUCGCUUGUACUAAAUCAUAAUGAACACUGUUCUGGCGGUCUCAUCUGUGUAUAAUAAGGGAGAUAGGAGAGCCUGACUGGAUCCAUUUCUGAGCCCUUUCGGUGUUGGCAUUGGCCUUCGCAAGGGAAUCAAAUCAUAAGCAGCAGCUCAGUUGGUAGACAACCAAGUCUCUUUUACUGGGACCAUCUCUCUAGUGCCUCUGCAAUGAAAUUUCGAUUGUCCAUGGAAGUAGUUUGUGUCUAUGCUCAUUUCUCAUCUUUUUAUACACAUUGUUCGUAAGAGAGGAGGAAACCUGAUUUUCUUUGUUGGCAUCUCCUUUUGCAGUAGCAAUGAACAAUGAUGCUUCCCUGUCUUAGCUAGGAGUUUUAGAUGGCUUUUUCUGUCUGGAAAAUUUGUUAGGUGUCAUGUUUCUGGGUUAUUUUUUUUCAUGGGAAUACAAAAGUGGCCCUGUUCCAAAUAAUUUUUGGUUGCCAUGUGUGCCAAUUGACCCACAAGUGACAUGUAAAUAUCCGAAACAAACAAUCCUGCUUUUCAAUUCAUGGAAAUAUUCUCUAUGCUUCAAAAAA